AACCUGAUUAACUUGAUCUAACAGAAAGAAGGAUGAACAAAAGAAAGCCAGGGCUGUUGUUACAGAGCCAAAGGAGGGAGAGAGAGACAUACCUCUAUUUGAAAAGAGGGAACAGACUACAGUAUCAAAUUCAGCAGUUUUGGCGGUACUUCCAUCUCAAAUGGAAUCUAGCAAGGAAAGAAAGACAGAUUCUAUUCUAGGCCGCGAGCAUUCUCAAAAUGUCGCAUCAACACUUUCCGAAGCAGCAAAAGAAGUUCCUGAAAGCAGUGAUUCUUUGUCAUCUGAUAUACCUACUAAAGAAAUUCGAGGACCUCAUUUCAAAUUUCCGAUUUCGGAGCGCCCUGUUUUCCAGACGAUUAAUAUCACAAAAUUCUCACCUUCUCUUUCACGAAGCAUAAAUCAAAGCGCAACUGUGAGUCCAGCUCCAACUAUACGUUCAACAAAUAGAUCGCUAAACAGGAUACCAGCACGACGCGGGAUAGAUAUCGUAACAGGAUGGGAGUAUGAAGAGGAUCCAAAAACUAAAGUCAGGAACUGGAUACGUACACCGAAUGCAGAUAUUAAAUCCGCUUUUCUUUGAUAUUGAUAGAAAUUUAUCAAACUCGUGAAUAUACACCAUA